AUGGCGGACGGCCUGCGGCCCGACGCGGCGUCUGCCGUGGAAGACCUGCGGUCGAUGGGCCUGCGGCUCGCGAUCAUGACGGGCGACGGCAUGGGGGCCGCCAUGGCAGCUGCCGAGCAGCUGGGCAUCGAGGCGACCGACACCUACGCCGAGCUGCUGCCUGCCGACAAGCUUGAGAUGCUGGGCGUCCUCCGCCGUGCCGCCGGCGGCGCGCUCGCGCACGUCGGGGACGGCAUCAACGACGCGCCAGCGCUGGCGGCCGCGGACGUCGGCGUCGCGAUGGGCGCGGCCGGCGCGGCGGCGGCGGUCGAGGCCGCCGACGUGGCGCUCUUCGGCAGCGACCUCGCGGCGCUCGCGUUUGCGGUGCGGCUCGGCCGGCGGGCGGCGUGGGUGGUGGCGUUCAACAUCGGGUUUGCCGUGGCCGUGAAGGUUGCUGUCCUUGCGGCCGCGGCGGCGGGCUUCACGAGCCUCUGGCUGAGCCUGCUGGCGGAUGUGGGGGCGUCCCUCGCGGUCACGCUGCACGCGCUGAGCCUGCUGCGCUUCGAGGGCCGCGGCGGCGGCGGCGGCGGAGGUGGGCACGUUGGGGCCGAGGGCGGCGGUGGCGGCGGCGCGGGGGGAGGAGGACGCAGCGGAAUCCUCGGGCGGAUGGCACUGCCUUGGGGGCGUCAGAAGUACAGUGAACUUUCGGAGGGCGGGGACGCGGAUGACCAGGGGGGUGGCGACCUGGAGGAGGGCGGGCGGCGCGGCAGUGGGCAUGGAGGAAAGGGCAAGGCGGGGCCCGCCGGUGCCCUGGAAAUGGGGGGCGCGGCCUGGGCCGCGCGGCGCGCGGUGGGCGGGGCGCUCGCGGCGGCGGGCAGCCCCCGUGCGGGACGCAGCCCGCGGGCCGGCUCGCCCGCCGGCAGCCCGCGCGUGGCGCCGGUGUACACGGCCGUGCCCGCUGCCGGGCCGGGUUUUGAGGCCGGCGGCGGCGGCGGCGGCAGCGGCUUGGGCGGUGCACGCGCCGGCCCGGUUUUUGUAUUGGAAGACGAGUGA